AUGAACUGCAUUACUUUCGACCCGCCCGUUCAUCAUGCCGAUCUUAGGAUUACUAUAGAUUUCAACUCUUUUGAGGUGAGAUCUGGAAAUUUGUUUGGUGGUAUAAAAUAUUUGAGUCAUGGCAUACACCUGAUAAGUUUUGGUUUUGCAGACUCAGAAGAUGCAGCAAGAUAUGGAUAUUGGUUUGAAAUCGGUCCCGAGUAUGAAUAUUACUGUAUUGAGUUUGAUCAACAAUCGGGACUUUUCAAAUUAGUCUCAGUGUUCGACAGGGCUAAAUUUGAAGAGAAAUCGAGGAAAAUCCACCCGUUUAUGGUAAGUUAUCCGCAAAUCGAAGAUCUAGAUAGUUCCUGGUCCAGUUUUACCAACUAUAUUCACAAGGAUCAAAUCAGAGGCAUAUUGAAUAAUAACUCCGGUUAUAUGGACUCUUCAAUGACUAGUUUAGAGGAGAUUAAGUGGCUAAGAACGAAAUUGAAUCAGCAACCAAGCAAUGACGAACCUUUUUUCAACUAUACAGUUAUUAAAUUCAAAUCUAGCGAUGCUAUACGUGAUGACCACAAAAUGGAAGAUUUCCUAGACAAGUCUUACUACUUGAACAAUAAAAUAAUUAAACGUGACUAUCAAGGGCACCUGAACCGAUUAUUUGGCGAGCUGCAAUUCUCGUUCUUGAGCGUUCUUCUGUUUGGUAAUUACGGGUCCAGUCUGCAAUGGCAUAAUCUUAUUGAGCUUAUAUGUUUCAGUUCUGAAGUUGAUGCAAACACCAUAAAAAGGAUUGAUCAGUGCGUCUCAUUACAAUUAAAAAGAUUAUCAGAUGAGCACAGCAUUCUGCUCAAUGAGGACAUGUGGAAAAGAUGCUUUGCAAGCUCAUUUCACUGCAAUGAUCUACCAAGAAUCAAAGAAGCUAUAGAGCCAUUUUUCCUCGAAAUUGCUGAUAAAUCGAACGAUGGCGAUGAUCACGAUGAUGAAGAUGACGAGUAUAAACCAACAGUAGCGGGCGGUGUUUACUAUCAGAGGGUAUGA